AUGUCGUCGGACCACUCGUACUCCACCAAAAAGGGUGUCUCCAGAGAUAGCGCUGACAUCAUCACGCAGAUACGGGCAGCAACCUCCGCACCCUCUCCACUCACCAGCUACCUCAAGGACCCCGCCAUUAUCAGCGCACUUGAUGGCUCAGAUGCAAGUGAUCGCUCGAGAAGUCACAGGCGUUCCUCCGGCUCUGGUAGUCGUCGCACGUCAUCCCCUUUGGGACUUGUCCUCGCAGAAGAAGAGAAGCAGGCACACCACUUGAAGUCCAUUCUGCGAUCGACCGGUGACAGACUUGAUCGGGAAAUGCGCAGGGCAGAUCAGGCUCUUGCCAGAGCUGAGCAGGCUGAAGCCCAUGUGCGAGACCUCACCGCUCGCGUAGCAGCUGCAGAAUCGGGCAAGCACUACGUGGAGCUGGAGGCAACCCGAGCAAAGGAUGAUGUCAAAUACCGCCAGUUGCAGAUAGAGAGGCUCGAAACAGAAGUUCGGCGCCUCCAGUCACAAGUGGGUCUGCUGGAACGACAAAGAAACGAGGCGGAGGAUAGUGCUACACGCGCUCGUGAAACUGCAAGGAAACUCCAACUUGAAAUACAGACUCUUGAUGCCAAGGAGGCGAGUAGUGAUGAGACUCGGCAUUUCGGAAUGCGCAAGUGGUUCAACUCGGGUCAUAUGGAAGGCUAUGAUACCGGCCAUGCUGAGGGGUUCGAGAGUGGCCGGGAAGAAGGUUUUGAAGAAGGUCGCGAGUACGGUUUCAGCGAAGGGGAGCAAGCGGGGUUUGCAGAGGGGCUGAAAAUGGGAAGAAAGGAGGGUUAUUAUGAGGGAUGGGAGCAAGGUCGGAGGGCAGAACACGAUCAUGCUCUUCAGGCCUUUGACGAAUUCUUUUCCACAGAGGUUGAUUCCCGUGACCGUGAGGUCAGUAGAGGAUCAAAUAUCGCACGGCUCUCGUCGGAUCCCACCAUCAUGUCAUCGCCUAUACCAUCCCCCGGACUUGCCAGCGGUCGUCGCAAGGGUCCCAGAAACCCACCCAAGCUGCCACUAUCUGCAUUCAGCCCCCCCAACACGGGGACGUCUGAUGCGUUUCCCUUGCCGCCCACGUGGAGUACUGUUGUGCCAGUUGGAAUCAUCGAUGCUCAUUUACGCAUUUCUGCAACCGUGGAUGGUGUCAACCACUACAAGGACAACAUCGGACAGCUUGUCCUUGAGAAGAUCAAGGGGGUCGUAUUAACAAUUGAUAAUCAGCUAUCCGAUGAUAUUGCCGACUUAGUACAAGGGCUACCUCAGCGCAUCGAUUUGCAGAUAUUGUCCGUCUCAGUGCCAUUCCCUCUCAACGGCACACCCCCCACUGAACCUCCGUCUUGCCUCCUUGGAACAAACCCACCGAUAACCCUCUCAACUACCUUCACAAGUGCCGCCCCGGAGGCGAUCACCAACUUGAGAUGGGCACUGGAACAUAGCCGUGUAGUUGACGUAGAUGUUCAGUCGGAUGUUAUGGCGAGCGUUGCGAUUGGAGGUUCCUCUCUCUAUGAUACCUUCGAGGAUUUGCUCACCAAGGCGACAUCACCUGGCCCACAUACUCCGGAAAAAAAAAGGACGCCAAUCGUCCUCAGCAACAUCUUCCCUCCUCCCUUAACUCUAGUUGAACCAAUUGUCAAAACCAUGAAACACCCGGAUUAUCUACAAUACCAGACGCGUAUAUCUUCACUUUCGCUGUUCGAGGAUGUGCACUUGAAGAUCACCCCACCCGUGCGGGACACGUCUGAAACAGGGCCCGCAGACGACUUGAGGAUGUGGAAAGGGAAACUAAAACUAUAUAUUGGACCCGUCCUCGAAGCGUUUGGCUUCGAAAGGAUGAUCUUUGGAUCCUCCCCUUCACCCGCAGGCGAGCCAUUUAAUCUGCCCGUUAGCUGGUACGACCUUGUUAGGGAAUCGUUUGCGGAGCUGGGCGUUGAACAAGACGCUAUCGAUAACGUCUUCAUGAACAACGCAAAGCGUGUAUACGGAAGGUCGUCCUGAUAUAAUUAAGUUACCCAGAUGUACAACCGCUCUAUAUUCCCCGUUUGUGUAGAUGAUUUUGUAUGGGCCAUGAUGUGUGGGUCUCCACAAUGCAUCGCACAUUACUCGCACACUGGUACGGGUAAUUUCUUGAUCACAAUUGUUGUCGCAACACGCCUAGUCGUGCCAGAGAUUUAUAGGAGCUUUUACCAGUAAAUAUUUCAUUUUUGCGCCUCUUCAGAGGUCCAAGACAUAAUGCACAGCCAGAUGACUGC